UAAACCGUCCUCCUCACCUCCCCAUCCCCAUUGGCGCCUCCUCGAGCUGCUCCGGCCGCCGCCCCGCCCCGAGCUGCUCACCUGUGCUCCCGGUUCGACCGCCCCCGAUUCCCCAUACCUUUUCCUUACAUCCCUCGGAUAACCCUAGUAGUCAGUUGAACGGCGCGGGACGCGGCGGGCGGCGGCUGCGAGACGGCGACGGCGAGGAGCUGCCCGGCGGGGCUGUGUUCGAGGCAAGCCACGCGCGGGACGCCGCGGCGGCGUUGGUGGCGAGCACGUGCGAGGCUUCGCCCUCCUACCCCCUGGUGGAGCAGGCGAAAGGGAUUGAUUGCUCUCUCAUUGCCGUCGCGGCAGCCAUGGCGGCGGCCGUCCCCUCCGGCUACGCGCCUCCGCUCCCUACUACCAUCUUGAACCUUACCGCCGGCACCCACUUCGGCCCGUUCACUCUGCGCCUCCGCCUCCGCCCACAUCGCGCCGCCGCUGUUACCGCCGCCGCCGCCACCCUCCGCGAGGUCUGCGCCGGCCGCGUCCCGGACCACGUCCUACAGAGGGCUGAGGAGGUUGGCUAUGUCGUGCCCACCGAGGUGCAGGAGCAAUCCCUGCCGCUUCUGCUGUCUGGCCAGGAUUGCAUUCUCCAUGCGCAGACAGGCUCCGGGAAGACGCUGGCGUAUCUCUUGUCUGUCUUCUCUGCCAUCGACUUCGGCAGGUCCUCCGUGCAAGCACUGGUUGUCGUCCCCACAAGGGAGCUUGGCAUACAGGUCACCAAGGUUGCUAGAAUACUCGCAGCCAAGGGUUGCACCGUCAUGGCUUUGCUUGAUGGUGGUAUGCUCAAGAGGCAAAAGAGCUGGGUCAAGGCAGAGCCCCCAGCAAUAAUUGUAGCUACGGUGCCAAGCUUGUGUCAAAUGGUUGAGAGGCGCGCUUUCACCCUUCAAUCUGUUAGAGUGUUAGUUAUCGAUGAGGUUGAUUUCAUUUUUGGGUCUUCAAAGCAAGUAAGCUCCCUUCGCAAAAUAUUAACCUCUUAUUCAGCAGCCUCCAGUCGCCAAACCAUAUUAGCGAGCGCAUCGAUCCCUCAGCACAAUCGCUUUCUGCAUGAUUGCGUACAGCAUAAGUGGACCAAGAGUGAUGUGGUUCAUGUUCAUGUCAACCCUGUACAGCCCAUGCCUGCGCACCUAUGUCACAAAUAUGUGAUCUGCACUAAGAAGGAAAGGUUGCAUGUCUUACUAUCCUUGCUUGAGAGCGAUGCACCAAAGUCCGCAAUCAUAUUUGUUGCUGAACAGUCUGAGAGAUCAAAAAAGGCAGGAAAUCCUCCUUCAACCGCCGUCGUUGUUGAGUUCCUGAGAAGUUCAUACAAGGGAAGCCUAGAUGUGCUUCUCCUGGAAGAAGAUAUGAAUUUCAAUGCUCGAGCCGCCUCAUUCUCUGAAGUGAAGGGAAGAGGUUUCAUUCUGGUUUCAACGGACAUAGCAAGCAGAGGGUUUGACCUUCCUCAAACCAGCCACAUAUACAACUUUGACCUUCCCAGGACGGUGACAGACUAUCUGCACCGUGCUGGAAGAACAGGGAGAGAGCCAUUCUCCAGGCUGGAAUGCAGCGUGACAACCCUGAUAACAGAGGACGAGCACUUCGUGCUACAGAGAUUUCAGAAUGAGCUCAAAUUCCACUGUGUAGAGCUGCCCCUGGAGUCCAUGUUCACGUUCAACUCGUGAUAGUUUGCCAUAGCAAAGUUGGUCUUAUUUGUCGUUAACAUCUCUUGCAGCUUAGUUCACUUGAUUUUAAAAUAUAAAUUAUUAAACGACAGCUCGAUUA